AUGGAGACAAGUCCACCAGCUGUAGCAAAGAAGCUAUGGAACAUUGUACGGAUAGUGUUCUUCAUGUUAAAGACAGGGAUAUUAAAGAGCAAGAUGAUGGUCGGUCUCAAGAAAAGCAAAUACAAUGCCAGCAAAGCCAUAAGCAACCUCGUCUUCCACCGCAAAGUUCACGACCAUUUGUCUUCCUUGAGCUGUCGGUCCGACGACUCUCUCUCCUUCGUUUCGCCACGAGAGUACGAGUUCAGCUGCAGCAACACCCCGGCUUCCUACCACCACCACAAGCGCAAACACAACCACUACUACAAGUCGAAUUACCGAUACGAAGACGUUACGACUGUCGCCGCGGUGCAAAAGGUUCUGGAGAUGUUGAACAACGAGGCCGCGGCGGAGGAGUCGCCGUCGCCGAUGGUUUUGCCGGGGUUUGGACGGAGUCCGUUGGUGAGGCAACUGAGGGUGACGGACUCGCCGUUCCCGUUGAAGGAUGACGGUGAUAGUCAAGUGGAUAUGGCGGCGGAGGAGUUCAUAAACAAGUUUUACAAAGAUCUUAAGCUACAGAAACGGUCUGCCCUUGAAUAUCCUGCUCAUAAUAGAUGGGGACGAUGA